AUGGCCCGCUUGUCUGGUCUGCAAAAGGAGGUCCUCGGACUCUACCGGAAAUGUCUGCGUGAAUGCCGCAAAAAGCCGGAGGCCACUCGGGAUCACUUCAAGGCCUUUGCUAGGACCGAGUUUGAAAAAAACAUCAAGGUUGACAAGAGAGACUUCUCGGCUAUCGAGUUCCUCUUGCGCAAGGGGUCGCGCCAACUGGAAACUCCCAGUAUCGCCCGUCGCGCAGCCGAGGAAGUCUUUCGCAAACCUCUCAGUCUAUCCCUCCAGAAACUUCGUCGGGCUCAGGCCAAGCGACAUGCCACCAAAGUCCGCGUCUCGUUCGUUCACUCCAACGGGAGUCAGAAUCGUCUUUCGGGGUCUGCCAGGAAGAGGUCGUCAAGUCAGCGAAAGCAGCAGCCGAGUCCUCCGAAGCGCGGUGCGAAUGGCGGUGCUAUACCGGGGAUAUGGCAGGAUAUCAACUACAAAGGAGGGGGACCGAGACAGCUACCCAAGAAAAAGAGCCGCGGUUCAUAUCCCAAGUUUGGUCCAUCUGAUGCCUCCUCUUCACAGGAAGACCAGUGUUGCUUGGGCAGCCCGUCGAAGAAAGAUGCAGAGAAACCACCUGGAGCAUACUGGGGAGAACUUUCACGAUCACCUGUCAAAUCACCGCCAAAGGUCCCCAACCAGCCAGGCGAAGAGCCAUCAUUAUACUUCAGCAGAGAUAGGCGAUCCGUCAUCAAGUUACGACCCCUUCCACCUCUUCCGAAAGGCCCGAGUGCACCAAUGCCGAGGCCGAGACCAAAUCCAGGUACACCAACUUCGAGAGGAAAAGCCGUUGCAAGACCAUCACCUGUCAGGCCGGGAGCAUUGCAGACGCGGAAGAUACCGAUGCAUACUGAGGCAUGGGUUCCUCCUGAAACAUGGGGUUCCACUAACAGACAGCUCAAGCCUAACAAGAAAGGUUCUCCUGGUGGUAAAGACCGCGCCAGCAAAAACCGUCAUAUCGUGUCCCGCUUCUGCAACCAUCGAAAAGUAUCGAACAGACCAAUCGAGCUCGAAGAGGCACAGCCGGUAAGUGGUGCAAGCAAGCUUCCACAUCCCCCUCCCGCUAUUGGUGAGACGCAAAAAUCCAUCCGCACAGUGAAAGAGCUGCUCCCAUACCAAGACCAGUUCCGGGCUGCCGGUCUUGCGGUGACAUCGAAGGAGCAAAAGGCAUUUCACAGGCGAGGCAAACUUGCCCCUUUGCUUGGAAAGAUGUCACCUUCAAGUGGAAGUGAAUGGCUAAGACUAGACGGAGGAACCGAGACCAAUGAGAUCGUCACUGAGGUUAAGAAAGAUGACUCUCCCUCUCCUAUCAAUGUUGAACAGAUACCACUGAAGAGUGGGGAGGAUAAGCUUUCCAACGCGUCGUCACCAUUGUCGACAAAGCCGGAAUCCGUAUCAAAGGGCCUAUCAUCCCCAGGUCACCAGUCGGACAGACAAACGCCAUGCUCUAUGCACGAUGAAGAGAAAGAAAACAUCAUACCAACAGCCCAACCAUCACCUGCACCAAACCCCGAAGGCAUUCCAAACUCCGAUAAAACCCUCCCCGCCUUGCCGCGCGUCUUCUCUCAAGUCUUAGUCCGACACGGCAGUGGUCCCUCGCGAAACUCCAGUUGGAGCGCAGCCAUGCGCCAGGGGCAGUUUCCGCCUACCAUUGUUGAACAAAGGGAGCCGUCGCUUGAUAAACAACAAGAACAACGGCAACAGCCCAAGAAGCGUCAUCAACCAACCCCUACCUCCAGCAUCCUAUCCGCGACCAGUUACGAAACGGCCGCCAUUGUCCAACCAGCAAAGAGCUACGGGCAGUUACCUUUACAGAUACGAAACACAAGACAAAAUAGCGUUAGCGAGGUCACUGUUAUCACGACCAAGACACCCCAUCCUAGCGUUGUUUCCAGUAUUGAGCUACCGAAGAGUGUUGUUUCAAGCAUGGAACUGCCGGGGAGUGUCAGAACUAGAACAGGCACACCUUCAUCGCUAGAGAAAGCUCUCGACGAAGCAGUGCGACGGUUGCAAGCCAUGAGGGAGACUGUUGUGGCUAAUCCUGGCACUGUCAAUUUCAAGACUUCGCCAACGUCCAGGUCGAAAGGAACGGGUAAAGGGAAAUAUCAACACAAACGGUCGACGAGCAGCAAGACUGUGCCGUCUCCGUCGCAGAAGUUACGAAUGGCUAAGGCUUUGAGGAAGGAGAAGAUGUUUGGUGCUGCUGUGGCAGUGGCAGUGGGUGAUGAUCACAGUCCACGAUCGAAGCCGUCUUCUCCAGCCAGCACAUGCACAGCCCUAGUGAAAAGGGAGGAUGACAUGCGGUCUUCUCUGGCCAGUAUGGGCACAGUGGAAAGGGAAGAGGGUCAGGAAGUGAGAGGCCGGAAAGCAGCCGUCGACAUUCCCGUUCUGACCUUGCUCAUCAAUCUCAGGCACAGUUCCGCGUUAGCAAAAGGUCUAGCUUCAUCUCCAACCAGCGAGGUUCCGGUCAACGAGGUUCUACCCACCGAAUCCCCAACCAACGUCCCCCCUCCCAACAACAACACCAACGACCACCAACCCGCCGCCAAACCCGCCCACCACUUUCUGGCUUAUUUCACUCCCAUUCCUCUGAUCAUCACCUUCCAAGCACACGCACAUGCACGAGCUAUAGAGACUCUUACCGACAUUCACAGCGACAUUCAAACCACCCAGACCGACAUCUCCCAGCCUCCGACAUCUUGA